GCGUCUUUGACCAGAUAACUUUGCUGAGACACCAAGAGCUCGCCCCAGUCCUGGUGGGCUACCUGAAAUUGAAUAAUGAAACAGCUUGCCAAGGGGAUUCCACAGUUGAUUCUUCAUGGAUAUCUAUCAACUUUGGUCCUUUUUCCAGACACAUCACAUAUACUAAUUUAAAGGAGAUGAAAAUCAAUGUGAUGACAGUUCUAAAUUCCCUCCCAGCAACAAUGAAAGCAGAAUUAAUAUUUGAUCCAUCUAUUGGUGUACUUCAGAAUGAGACGCUUAUGAGGAUGGUUUUGUCCUCUAUUCUGAUAUCUCCAGAUGAUGGGCAGCUUGAACAGUUCUUUACAGCUUUUACUUACAUCACGAUAAAGAGAAAUAUCACAAUGAUUGAAAACACAGCUGUCAGAGACACAAUGCUGAACCUAACUUUGAUGGCUCUUGCUCCCAGAUUCCCCCUCUUCCAAUCCAGUGACUAUAUGUUGUGGUUCCAAAUAAAUCUUGUUGUACUACUGGCCAGUUUUCGUCCAUCAUAUUUGGUGGUUAUCCCCACAAACCUCAGCUGUGACUCUUACGAUGCAAUAUUAAAAGGCUUAGAAAAGGCUUUGGCAAUUGUACCAUCUGAAUUUCUAGAGGACUUGAAGACAAGCAAAGAAAUUCUUAUUCUUUCACUACCAACAGGUUGUCCUCAGAAAAAUACUCCCUUACCAAUAGGCUCUAAAUAUGUCACUACUGCAACUACAUCUUCAAUGUCAACCACUCAAAUACCAACUAAGGCCUCCACAGGUCCAGCAGUGCCAGGCGAAGUAUUUGUUAUUCUGCAGAUCCGUUUGCAUAUACAGUAUAUUGAUGCUUACAGUAAUCCUGCUUCAUUGGAGUAUCAGACUCUAUCCAGAAACAUCACAAUGGAGCUGAAUCAUUUCUACUGGAAAUUGUAUGAGCCACACUUUCUCAGAUGCUACUUGCUGAGAUUCUGGCCUGGGUCUGUGGGUGUGGAUAUGCAACUUAUUUUUAAAAGUGACACUGUGUUUCCAAAUAAAGAAAGCAUUGAAGACAAUCUUAAGUCAGCAAUUGUUGAAUCAAAAGUGUUUCUUGACAUUAUUCCUUCCAGUGUCGUUGUUGUGAAUCAAGAUGGCUCAAGUUUGACAACCAGACAAACCCAGUCAUCACAAAAUGUUCUGAUUAUGCAAACAUCAUCUGCUGCAGCACCAGUUCUUUCUAGUGUUGUACCCACUAGCACACCUACUGAUCUUUCAAGCACAGCUCCUCCUAAUUAUGUUUCAAUCAUUGUAGUUCCUGAUCCUUCAACCAUAAUAGUUCCUACAGAUCUUUCAGACACUGUCACUACUGGUCCAUCAGUCACAGUUGGUUCCUCAAACACAACAGGUGACACUCAUCUGUCAAGUACUUCAUCUCCUAAUGUUCCCAUACUCUCUGCAGUUCCUACUCAGAAAUCAAGCACAACUGCUCCUCUUAGAACAUUAAGCACAGCAGAUCCUGCUCAUUUAUCACACACUGCUCCCUAUGGCCAUUCAAGCACAGGGGAUCCUACCAAUCAUUCAAACACAACUGCUCUUACUGAUCCCUCAAUCACUGCAGUUUUAACCAAUCAAACAAGCCCAACUGUUGGAUCAAGUACUACAGUUCAUGUUGAGCGACCAAGCACAACUGUUCAUACAGGAACCUCGACCACUGCAGUACCUACUGAUCUGUCAAGCACAACUGCUUCUACUGGUCCCAUCACAACUACAGAUAUUUCAGAUUCAUCAAAGGCAUCUGUUCCUGUUGGUUUCACAACUGCUUCAGUUCCUACUGAUCAAUCACACUCAGUUGUUCUUUCUGGUACCUCAACUGCUGAAGUGCUUGCACAUCUUUCAAGAGCAACUCUUCCUAUUUAUAUUUCAAACAAUGCAAUUCCCACUGAUAGACAAAGCACAACUAUUCAUACCAAAACCUCAGCCACUGUAGUUCCUGCUGAUCUGUCAAGCACAAUAUCACCUACUGGUUUUACAGACACUGCAGUCGCUACUGGUCCAUCAGUCGCAACAGUUUCCCCUGGUCCUUCAAACAGUGCAGUUUCUGCCAGUCUAUCAAACACAACUACUUCUAAUUAUUUUUCAAGAAAUGUGGUCGCUACGGAUCAACCAAGCACAACUGUUCAUACUGGAACCUCAAACACUGCAGUUCCUAUUGAAUUGUCAAUCACAACUGCUCCUAUUGCCUCUUUCAUCACUGAAGGUCCUACCAAUCAAUCAGCUGAUCCUCCUGGUCCCUUUACCAGUGAAGUACCUACUGAUUUAACAGUCACAACUGUUUCCCCAAUCACAGCAGAUCAUACUGAUCUAUCAAGCACUACUUUUCCUAUUAGUCCCACACCCCCCGCAGUACCUACUAAUCAGUCAAUCACAACUAUUCCUCUAGGCCUUUCAAACAGUGCAGCUCUUCCCAGUCUAUUAACCACAAUAGUUCCUACUGAUCUGUCAAACAGAACGGUUCCUAAUGACCAUUCAAGUAUCUCAGGUCAUACUGAACAUUUAAGCAUGACUAUUCCUAUUGGUCCCUCAACUACUACAGUUCCCACUAAUCUUUCAAACACAACUGUUCAGCCAGGCUAUUCCACCUCUACAGUGACAAGCUAUCCCUCGAGCACAAUUAUUCUGCUUGAUAAGAUCAACACCACUGUCUCUACUAAUCUGUCAAGCAAAGUCAUUUCUAAUCCUUAUACAAAUACUACAAUUUCAACAAAUACAUCAAUCACAACUGCUCCAGAUGACCAUUCAAACAACACAGUUCAUACAGUUUUAUCAAACACAACUAUUUCUGCUGGAAUGUCAAGCAGUGUACAUCAUAAAGAUGUAUCAAACACAACUGUUCUUUCUAGUCCAUCUGGCACUACAUUGUCUGUAUCCAGCGCAGCUGGUAAUCAUAUCACUACAUCUGUAAUAGUUUCAAACUCAACACACUCUAAAGUUGUCACCACCUCAACCACAUCUUCACUGCAAACCACUCAUCUAUCAACUAAAGCCUCAACAGGUUCAGCAGUACCAGGCGAGGGAUUUGUUAUUCUGCAGAUCCGUUUACAGCGACAAUACAUUGAUGCUUACAAUAAUCCUGCUUCUAUGGAGUACCAGAUUCUGUCCAGAAACAUCACUAUUGAGCUCAAUCGAAUCUACCGGGAAAUUUAUGGGACCCGCUUCCUCAGAUGCUACGUGAUAAGAUUAUGGCCUGGGUCAGUGGGUGUGGAUACAGAACUUAUUUUUAAAAACCAGACUGUGCUUCCAAAUGCAACAAGCAUUGAAGAAUCUCUAAAGACAGCAAUUGCUGAAUCAAAAGUGUUCCUUGGUGUGAUUCCUUCGAGUAUUACUGUUGUGGAACAGCUAGAUUCAACUUCAACCACCAGCCAAACUCAGACAUCACAAAGUGUUCCUAUAAUGCAAACAUCAUCAGCUGUUGCACCGGUUCUGUCUAGUAUGCUGUUCAUGCUACUGCUUCUGCUAUGGAAUGAAACACUGUAAUUCUGCAAAGCUUUACUCCAUGCAUCACAUUCAAACCUACAAUUAAUAUUGUGACAACUCUAUUAUCUGCUUUUGUGAUACAUUACUCUUGGUUUUAUGUAAUGAAAAUUGUGAUUAACCUGAUACAUUCAAUAAUUAUUCUUCAGGCAUUUCUUGGGUAUUUCAGCACCUAUA